CGGAACCCACCCGGACCCUCCUCUGUGCCGCACCCGGAAGCGCGUCAGAGGCACUUCCGGCGGGCGGGGAAGAGGAACGGGGGGAAGGCUUUAGGAAGACCAUUUCCUCUCGCGUCAACUUCCGGCGGCGGCACUUCCGGCUUCCGGCACAGGACUUCCGGCAGAGUCACUUCCGCCUUCCGGUAACGGCACUUCCGGCUUCCGGUGCGGCGGCAACAACGGCACCAGCGGCGGGAGGCGGCCAUGACGCGUCACGGGAAGAACUGCACGGCGGGGGCGGUGUACACGUACCACGAGAAGAAAAAGGACACGGCCGCGUCCGGUUACGGGACGCAGCGCGUGCGCGUGGGCCGCGACGCCGUGAAGGAUUUCGACUGCUGCUGCCUCAGCCUGCAGCCCUGCCGGGACCCCGUGGUCACCCCCGACGGGUUCCUGUAUGAGCGCGAGGCCAUUUUGGGGUUCCUGCUGCACCGCAGGGCCGAGAUUGCGCGGCAGAACAAGGCCUACGCGCGGCAGCGGGCGCAGCGGCGACGGGAGCGGGAGCAGCGGGGGAGGGCGGGGAGCCCCCUGCGCGGGGGAGGGGCUGCGGCCGACGCCACCCCCGGCCCCUCCGGGACCCUCCCGAGUUUCUGGAUCCCCUCGCUGACCCCCGAGGCUGGAGCCGAGCGUCUGCGCAAGCCUGACCCGGUGGUGCGCUGCCCCAUGAGCGGGCGGCGCCUGCGCGUGGCCGACCUGGUCCCGGUGCGGUUUUGCCCCGCGGAGCCGGGACUGAGCCGGGGGGAGCUGCUGGCGCGGGGGGAGCGCUACGUCUGCGCCGUCACCCGCGACGCCCUCAGCAACGCCACGCCCUGCGCCGUGCUGCGCCCCUCGGGGGCCGUGGUGACCCUGGACUGCGUCGAGCGCCUGAUCCGGAAGGAGAUGAGGGACCCCCUGAGCGGGGACCCCCUGGGCGAGGGUGACAUCAUCGUCCUGCAGCGGGGUGGAACCGGUUUCGCCGGCUCCGGGAUCUGCCUGGAGGCCAAGAAGUCCCGCCCGGUGAUGCAGGCCUAGGGGGGCACCCCCCAAAACCGGGGGGGGGGGGACACACACCCCAAAACUGAGGGCACGGACCCCCAACCCCCCCCAGGCCCCUCCUCUGCCCCCCCCCAAAACAAGGAGGACCCCCCAAAACCCCUCCCCCUCCCCACCUGCAUGCCGCCCCCCCUUUUGUCACCCCAAAAUAAAAGUGUUUGGUUUCCUGC